AGAAAGCCUUUGAUCCUUUAAUCUUUCUUCGUGAGCAUGGCAAGGCCCGACAACCAAGCCAGCUCGUUUCAUCUAGAAACCUUCCAAUUAGAUUUUGUCAUGUUAUGGCGCUUCACAUUAUAUGGCAUUCAGCUAAAUUCUUAGGGUGGCAUUCAGAUUAAUUUUCGUGGGAAACUGUGUGUAGUUAAUCUGUAGAUACUCACGCAUCAUUAGCAUGUGGAAUGGUUCAAUCAUCUGACAGGUGACAGAAGAUUAAAGGCUUGAAGGAUUGAGUAAUCUCAUUUUCUGCUCUUGAAGGAGCGCCUCCAGCACUUAUGAUUUGUCAAAUCAAUCCCAUUGUGUUGAAGAAACUAUACUUACAAUCCUGAAUUGGAGAUCAAUCACAAUCUCUGAAGGCAUCGGAUGUUUUGGCUAUGAAGUGGAAGUUUGAUCUUCGAACUGGCGGCUCUUUACUUUCACAGCACUAGGUAAUGAUGAGUAUCAGAGUGCGAGGGAGAAGGAAUUAGACUCAGGGAGUAGUGAUUUUGAGGAUCAUUCAUUAGUGAAAGAAGAGGCUGUGUCACAAAGCGAGGGCUCGUUGGAAGAAUAUGGCCAAUUUCAUAUCGGAAGCUCAUGGAAAGAAGAUGCCCAGUCACUGAACGAGGGGUCGAUUGGGAACGGUGUUGUCCAAGAGGUGGAUGAGAUAGCAAGUGAUUCAGUGAUGGUCGCGACCCGCAGUGAAGAAACCCACAGCGAAGAAUCCCACAGCGUAGGGCUUGUAGGUGCUGCUGCCUCAAACGCUCGUACACCAGUAGAUCCUCAAAUUCCUGUUGUAGAUGAAGGAGCUGACCGCGGUGCUGACGAAGGGACUUCAAUGGCUGUGGGAGAGGGCCCUCCACGGUUUGUGCACGGGCAGCUUGUGUGGGCAAAGUUCGCGAGGUUCCCUUGGUGGCCUGCUGAGAUCAUCAACGAGAAGGCUGUUAUUCCAGGUACUGGUGGUAAUAAGCGAAUCAAUGCAGAUGUUUUAGUGCGCUUCUUCGGCACUUACGACUAUGGUUGGGUGGAUCCGAAAGUGGGUUUAUCAGAGUUUGAUGUGAAGCUACAAGAAAGGAGUAAAAUAAAAAAGAAAGCACUGCAGAAGGGAAUUGAAGAGGCCUUGGAGUUUCGCAGAAGUGGAAAGCUUCCAAAAUCCUUCGCAGUUGAUGUUGUCAUAGAAGAGGAGCCCAAAACACCCACGAUGCCACAUAGUAAUGGAGUUCAAGCAAAUGGCACCGGUCAGCAGACCCCUGAAGAUGAAGGUACGGAGCAAAGACGAGCAGCGCGAAAGCGGAAACCUAAGGUUCUUUACGAGCAGGAGGAGAGGGUACCACGAAAACCAGAGCGAAGGUUGAGAAGGCUACGGAUCAUGCGACAGCUUGGGUUGGCUGCUCCUGCAGGAUCUCCCUUCAUUUUGGACACAAGAAUGACAGUUUAGUAAAUUGAGUAAAUUUCUUUAGCAACGGGCCUCCAAUUUUUUUAACUUCAUGAAAUGUUGAAAUCUGUUGCAAAUUCAGUCUGCCAUACACAAUUCCAGUCCUUUCCACUUUACAAUAAGUGAUUGCGGAUCAGUACGUAUCUCCUUAUUUCCUUCAUUGCAAGUGAACAUGCGGUAGCAGGGUGUACUCUCUGAACAGCACACUACAUCUAUUUGAUGGCCUGAGGUAACCACUGAUUCAGUGAACAAUAUUUUGCAACGAUUUUCACCAGCUAUCUCAAACAAAUCUUAUUUCGGAAUUUAUGUCAAA